AUGGAAGAAAAUAUUGAAAUCGCACAAGUCAUGGACCAUUCUCGACAGAAAACAAGUGAGGUAACAUUUAAUUCUGGAAAUCUCGUGACAUCAUGUUCUUGCAAAUUGUUUGAGAGAUUGGGGAUUUUAUGUAAACAUGCAAUAUGUGUUUUAAAUGCAAGACAAGUUACAAAGAUUCCAGAGUACUACAUUCUUGAUCGAUGGACAAAAGAGGCAACCAAAAGGCCAAUUUUUGAUAUGCAUGGUAACUUCCUUGAAGAAUGUAGGAAGAUGAACACAACAACUAAAAUGUUAGGGGAAGUCUGGUCAGAGAUUUUUAACUGUGUAGGCCUUGCAGAGGGAAAUGAGGAAAAUUUGCAACAAUUUCUCGAUAAUCUUAGAGAUAUUAGUAAGAAUUUGGUAGAAAAAGGAAAGUGUGUGCCAAUGACAAAAACUCAAGAGAUGGAGCUUUUUGUUGGUCCUAGUGCGUCUUCUAACCUCAAUAUCCAAAAUCCAAUACCAUCAAAGAAUAAAGGCAAGAGACAUAGAAUAGUAGGAGAAAAGGAGGCAGCAAUUGAGCAAAGUCAGAAACCCAAAAGAAAAUGUAAAGCUUGUGGGGCAUAUGAUUAUCACGAUAGUCGUAACUGCCCGAACAAAACUACAACCUAA